AUGGCAAUUACAAGAAACGGAGACGUAACCACGUCUGCUAGCUCUGUUAGUGAUGUUACAACGCAACACGCGUCUGACAAUAUCGAAUCAACAGACAAAUCAACAACAGACAAGAUUUCCGAAAUAAACACCACUGAACAAACGCAGUCGGCAUCUUCCACAUCGACACAAAGUCAUGUUGGACCCGAAACGACCACGGAAUUGCCGUUCAGCACAACAACAAAGGCAACUGAAAGGAACGUAGACGUCAGGACGUCCGCGAGCUCUUUCAGUGAUUUAACGACACAAGAGCCGUCUGAGAAUAUCAAAUCAACAGACAAAACAACAACAGACAAGAUUUCCGAGUUAAACGCUACUGAACAAACGCAGACGACAUCUUCCACAUCGACACAAAGAAAUCUUGUACCUGAAGCGACAACGGAAUGGCCAUUCAGUACAACAACAAUGGCAAUUACAAGAAACGGAGACGUCACCACGUCUGCUAGCUCUUUCAGUGAUGUUACAACACAAGAGCCGUCUGAGAAUAUCAAAUCAACAGACAAAACAACAACAGAAAAGAUUUCCGAAAUAAACGCUACUGAACAAACGCAGUCGCCAUCUUCCACAUCGACACAAAGUUAUGCUGUACCCGAAGCCUCAAAGGAAUUGCCAUUUACAACAACAACAAAAACAACUGAAAAGAUCGUAGAUGGCACCACGUCCACUGGCGCUUUCAAUGACGUUACAACACGACACCCGUCUGAGAAUUUCGAAUCAACAGACAAAACAGCGACAGACAUGAUUUACGAAAUAAACUCUACUGAACAAACGCAAUCAGCGUCUUCCACAUCAACACAAAGUAAUGUUGAUCCCGAAACGUCAACGGAAUUGCCAUUCAGCACAACAACAAUAGCAACUGAAAAGAACGAAGACGUCACGACGUCCGCGAGCUCUUUCAGUGAUGUUACAACACAAGAGCCGUCUGAGCAUAUCGAAUAUACGGACACAACAGACAAGAUUUCCGAAACAAACGCUUUUGAUCAAACGCAGUGGGCAUCUUCCACAUCGACACAAAGUAAUAUUGGAACUGAAGCGUCAACGGAAUUGCCAUUUACAACUGCAACAAAUACAACUGAUAAGAACGUAGAUGUCACCACGUCUGCUAGAUCUGUUAGUGAUGUUACAAUGCAACACACGUCUGACAAUAUUGAAUCCACAGCUACAACAACAGAUAAGAUUUUCGAAAUAAACGCUACGGAACAAACGCAGUCGGCAUCUUUCACAUCGACACAAAACGACAUCUUCCACAUCGACACAAAGAAAUCUUGUACCUGA